CGGGCGGGCGCGGCACCCCCUGCCUUGGCCGCCUGCGCCCCGGGGCGGCGGCCGGCGCGCGGCGGCGGCAGCAGCAUGAGCAGCGGCUACAGCAGCCUGGAGGAGGACGCCGAGGACUUCUUCUUCACCGCCAGGACCUCCUUCUUCCGCAGGGCGCCCCAGGGCAAGCCCCGCGCCGGCCAGCAAGAUGUGGAGAAAGAGAAGGAGACGCACAAUUACCUCAGCAAAGAGGAAAUCCAAGAGAAAGUUCACAAAUACAACCUAGCAGUCACAGACAAGUUGAAGAUGACCUUGAAUUCAAAUGGGAUUUACACUGGCUUCAUUAAAGUCCAGAUGGAACUCUGCAGCCCCCCCCAGACUUCCGGAAAGCUCGCUCCCAGCAGCAACGGCUGCAUGAACACGCUUCACAUCAGCAGCACGAACACCGUCGGGGAAGUGAUCGAGGCCCUGCUCAAGAAGUUUCUCGUGACCGAGAGCCCUGCCAAGUUUGCACUUUAUAAGCGUUGUCAUCGGGAAGACCAAGUCUAUGCCUGCAAGCUCUCAGACCGGGAACAUCCGCUCUACCUGCGUUUGGUAGCUGGGCCCAGGACAGACACACUGAGUUUCGUUCUUCGUGAACAUGAAAUCGGAGAGUGGGAAGCCUUCAGCCUCCCGGAGCUGCAGAAUUUCUUGCGCAUCCUGGACAAGGAGGAAGCCGAGCAGCUGCAGAGUGUGCGGCGGCGCUACGCGGCCUACAGACACAAGCUGGAGGAAGCCCUGGGCGAGGUGUGGAAGCCGGACUAGGACGCGGGACCUGUGCCCGAAGCAGCCGCUGCGGGGCUGUCAUCGGGGCUGUCGUCUUGGCUGUCGCCUGGGCAGCUGCCGGGCAGCUUCUCCGCGGUUCUGCGGUGCCGACCCCCCGGCAAGCUGUGAAUCUGCUCGUGUGGCCCGGAGCUGCCCAGGCUGCUUGGAAGCAGGGACUCUGGGGUUUUUGUUUUUGGGUUUUAUUUCCUUACUCUGUUUUAGUUAAUUCUGUGAUGAGGACGUUAAGCAGGUUCAGGACAUGGCAGGUGAUUUUUUUCCAGGCUUCACAAGGAAUCUAUCUGAAUACUUGUCCCAUCUUGAAGCUACCUGUCCGGGUGACGUUUUUCUUCUUGUUUUUAAAUGUCAGGGGAUGCGAUCCGUGGGAGUGGAGAGGCCAGGACCAGGGACCCUGAGGAGGUUGUGAAGGGAGACUAGGAGCUCGACCGAGAAUGUGCCGAGCAAGUGUGGAGGCGGCGGCCUCGGCAGGGCAGGUGCGCAGGGCAGGUGCGCGUAGGUGGCGUGAAGGCUUACGGUUUUGAGGUUAAGCUCGCUGUAGUAUAGCUGGAUUUGCUGGUAAGUGAAAUGUGGAAGCAGAGCCAAAGAAAGUAGGAGCUGGACCCAGAGGAGGAACGGGAAGUCUGCAGCUGACCGGAGACUCGAACCUUCUGGCAGGUGGAGCUCGUGGGCCCAGAUGGAGGGGGAGCCUUGCAGCCGGGCCGCCCCCUGAGGGACGGGGGGGGGGGUGUGCAGUGAUCACCUGCUAACUUCUGUCCUGUGACACACACCCCCCCCCCCAGCUGUUUUCUGAGUUGAAGAGGAUUCUGGGUCCGGGGGCAGGGGUGGUGGCGGUUUUCUUGCUAGCUGGGAGAUGGAGGUAGAGAGCUCACAGCAUCCAUGUGUGACAGUCACUCCCUUCCUUUCCCUGUUUUCCCUUCUUCCUCGCACUUUCCCCUCUUCCUGCUCCACUCCCACCUCUUUCCCCCUCCCCUUCCUCAGCGACUGCCCUUUGCUUACCUGAGGAUGUAGUUACAGACUCAGGGCCUUUAGAUCCUCCUGCCAGGAGUCCUGGUCUGUAAGGAGGGUGGCGGCCAGGGACGGAGGACUCCCCCGCCCCCAAAAGCCGGACUCCCCCGCCCCCAAAAGCCGAGCACACAAGAGGGGUUCUUUGUGGAAAUGCUUUAACAAAAAUGCAUGUUCCUACCCACCAAAGAAAGGCGUGUGCAAUAGAAGCCUUCCUUUAAAGCACAGUAAAUAACCUCAUUUUCUUUGCAGCAAUCUGAAGACAACAGGAAAGAUGUGCUGUGGUUCUAAAGGGGCCUUAUAAUCUACUUUUCAGUCUAGAUAUAUUUUGUUUUAUAAAUUCCCAAGGAAUUGUCAACACUCUGGUGACACCUAAUGGAUUCUUUUUGAAAUUCCAAGGUGCUUCAUUUCUUUGCCUCUUAAGUGAACUGUGCCUUUUAUUGCAUUUCUGUUCCCCUCUUGGUGGCGCUUCUGACUUUUCAGAGACCGCCCGUCCCGGUGGAGGCAGGUGUAAGCCAUGGUUCUGCGGCGCCACAUGAGUUACUGAGACAAUCAUAUCUUCCUAAGCAUUUUAAGGAGAGUUGGAAAAAAAAAAUAAAGUAGAACUAGCUAUAAAAUAUGUAUGGCACAUCUUGUUUAAUUUUGCAUGGAACUUCUUUUUAGUGCAUCGAUGAGGUUUUAGUGACAUCGUCAUCCGACACUUUACCGUUAUUGUUCAGGGAACGCCUUCAUGAUUUUUAUACUGGUUUUACUGUUCAGACUGUGGCUUGGGUUUGCGUAUACUGUUAUCAGCCAGCUGGUCUUUCGGUUGCCCACCCAGUAAGCUUAUAUUUUGUGAAGCAUUUGUUUCUCAGAUUAAGACACUGUUAGAACCUAAAGUAGUAGCUGAUGGUUAUCUGUGAAUUUUUUUUUUUUUUACUUGAAAUAGAUUGUCUAAAAUAGGCAUCCUCCUCCGUAGUAUCCAGAACCUCGCUUGUUGCCGUGUGCACUACAAGUUGCAGUUUGGAGAACUUGCCGUAUUGAAAAGUCUGUCAGUGCAUAGUUCGAUACUGAUGUUCUCUGCCAAACACUGGUUCCUGCAGCAGCAUUUUUCAUGCAUAAAAGAAGAAAGGCCAUGAUGGCCAGAGAUUUAAAAAAAAAAAAAUCAUUGUACAAAUUGUUAUGUUAAAUUAAACUAAGCUUUGCUGUAAUACUGUUUUCUCUUCAAUAAGUGAUGGUACCGGAAUGUUGUCUAAGUGAAGGGGGGGUAGUAUUGCAGGGGAGCAAUCUAAAUCGCAGAAGUAAAAAAAAAAAAAAAAAAAAAAAAGUAUAUUUAUAAUUUUGAUGAGUUUAUUUUUAUAGGGAAGAGUUUUCUUCCCUACAGUUGUUCCUGGAAUGGCAAAUUGUUUCCAUUUAUUAAAAGUCGAAGUUGUUCGUUGA